UUUCCAAGAAAGUACUGAUACCUUAGAUGCUACCGUUUGUUUGUCGUGGUUUUGUUAGAAGAAUACAGCGAUUACAGCCAAUAUUAAACAGAAACAUGGCUUCACAUGACAGUGAAAGAUCUAACAGAUUAAUAUGGAUUGAUUUAGAGAUGUCAGGAUUGGAUAUAGAAAAAGAAAAAAUAAUAGAAAUAGCCACUAUUGUUACAGAUGCUGAGCUAAAGAUUAUUGCUGAGGGACCUAACCUGAUUGUAAAUCAAGACAAAUCAAUUAUGGAUAACAUGGGACAAUGGUGCACAAAUCAACAUGGCAAGAGUGGCCUAACCCAGAAAGUAUUGGAGAGUAAAAUCAGCCAGAAAGAAGCUGAAAGUCAAGUACUGGAGUUUUUAAAGAAACAUACAGAUGCUGCUAAAUGCCCACUAGCUGGAAACUCAAUAGCUUGUGAUAAGAUGUUUCUACAGAAAUAUAUGCCAGAAUUAACAAAACACCUCCAUUAUCGCCUAGUAGAUGUCAGCACAAUAAAAGAGCUCUGCAGACGUUGGUAUCCAAAGGUAUAUGAUGAAUCACCUGAAAAAGCUUUAAAACACAGAGCUUUAGAUGAUAUAAAGGAGAGUAUUAAAGAGCUCCAAUAUUAUAGGGAAAAGAUAUUUGUUUCAAAUAAACUAUAGAAGGGAGACUCGAUGCUUAUGGUAAAGGUGUACAAAUCUUGUGCUUAUUAUAACUAUGGAUAACUGUGCUUAUUAUAAUUAUGGAUAACUUUAAUUAAGUCAUAUUACUUAACCAACUCCCUCUAUAUCAUUUGAAUCCAAUAAAAAUGUUAAUUUUAUAUAGCUUCACUUUGCCUUUUUUGACAGAAAAUUAUUUACAUUAUCAUUAUCUCUAUACAAUUGCAUAAUAAAUGGGAGCUUUUGCUUGAAUUACAUUGAGAUUAUUCCACCAGUUUGUUAUAAAAUAUUACCUGUUUAAUAAAACUAUUUUUGGAACAGGAACUGUGCCUUAAGCGCUACUCAUCUUUUUAAAAGAUUAUAAGGCUCCCAAUUCAACUACAAUCGACAUGAAACCUGGCAUGCAUGUUGCUUGGACAAUUGUGCAUUGAUUGACAGCCUUCGAUUUUUAAUGUUUGGUUCCUGGUCCAUAUAGUACUAUCAUACUUGUUAUCAUUGAAUGUUGUGAAAAUAAUGUACUCUUUGUAAUUUUUAAGGUUUAUCUUAAAAAUAAAUGGCUUUAUUCAUA